AUGCGACUGCCAGGAUGGUCCCCGGGAGGGGCGGAUGAGGAGGACAAGGAGGGAAGAGACGGCCUCCUCCUCCUCCUCCUCUUCCUCCUCCUCCUCCUCCCGGGGCCGUUUUUGAACAGAAUUCUGGACCGGGGCGGGCGAGCAGCCGUGGUCUCGGCCAGCCCUCCUGCAAUCCUUUCUGCUUCUGCUCCCGCGCUGGGCCGCGCGCUGCGAGGAGCAGCAGUGGUGAGGCCUCGACCCUGCCGGCGUCAAGGUCAGACCUGUGUUCAAAGUCGCCUCGAUGCCGCCUCGUGCUCGUCCAGAGCCCGCUUGAAAUGA